CAUUUGUCUGUAGAGAGCAAAAUCUUAAAACUUUUAAUUAGAGAAAUUAGAAAUAUUAAUCACGUUUUUUUUUCUCCAAAUAAGUAAUGAAAGUAAAGCCUAGAUAGGUUAAUGAUAAGCCCAUAGUAAUGCAGUUAAUGAGGAAACUUAGGUUAAAGUAAAAAAUCCUGACACUCAGUCUAGUAGCUUAAUAAUUAUUUUAUUUAUUUAUAUUUAUAUGUCUCUGCCUAUGGAGCCCUGGUGGUGCAGUAGUUAGGAGCUCAGCUGCUAACCAAAGGGUCAGCGGUAUGAAUCCAGCUGCUCCUUGGAAACCCUAUGGGGCAGUUCCACCCUAUCCUAUGGGGUCACUGUGAGUUGGAAUCUGUGGCAUUGGGUUUGGUUUUUGGUUUAUCUGUCUAUAGAGAGAAUGUUUAAUACUUAAAAAUGGUCAGUUAUGAGGAUUUUUUUCUCUCAAGUUAUUUAAAACAAAGUUUCUAAAUGAAAAAAUUAAAAAUGUUAAACUUUUAAAUCCAUCAUGAAAAACCAAUUGCUCAGUUUAUUGACAUAUUUUAGGCAACUUCCCUAUGCAAACAUAUUUUGUUUCUAUAUUUGUAAAGUUUAUGAAGAAGUCUACAUUUCAGAGGCAUUUGGUCAAACAAGAAACAAGCUUUUCUGCACCCUCCAAGUCUAAUCAGUCAUUAUGUCUUGCUAGUUGUACUUCCUAAGUAUUUUCCUGAUUUUGCCCAUUUCUCUCAGUCUUACUACCACGACCUUUCUCCAGAAUACCUUCAUCUUUGGAUUUCUGUUAACCUGGCCUUUCCUCAUCAUUCUUGCUGCCCAUUCUCUGAACUGAAGCUGGCCCGGUAUUUUUAAAAUAAAACUGCUCAGGCCACUUUCUUGCUGAAAACCCUUAAGAGGUUUCCUGUUAUCUGGAAGUUAGAGUCCGAAGUCCUUACUUUGGACAGAGAGCCCCGCAUGACCUGGUUUCCAUUUUCCUCCUCAGACUGAGGCCUACCACCACUAUCUCUUUGGAUUUCCAACCGUGUAUGUCCUUUCCUGCUUCAGGACCUUUGGCCAUGCUGUACCCUCUGUCCUGGCAGUCUUUCUGCCCCCUUUUACCUCGCUCCACUUAAACCAGUUGUCACUGAGUCCACUCUGACUUACGGUGACCCCCUAUGUGUCAGAGUAGUACUGUGUCCCAUAGGGUUUUCAAUGGCUGAAUUUUUGGAAAUAGAAUGCCAGGGCUUUCUCCCGAGGCACGUCUGGGUAAACUCAAACCUCCUACCUUUUGGUUAGCAGCCAGACAUGCUUUAUUCAUGAGGUCUUAGUUUAAACACUAGUUCCUCAGAGAAGCUUUUCCUGAUUACCCUCAUGUUACCCCCCUGCCCCAAAGUAGCACUCUGUACCCCUUUGUGUCACUUAUCUCACUUGUCUUUAUGUUGUCAACAUUUCUCUUCCCCUUUAGAUUGUGAACUAAUGAGGGAGGAACCUGUCUUGUUCACAGAUGUAUUCCCAGUGCCCAUUACAGCACUAGUGGUCACUGGAUAAUGUUUGUUGAAUGAAGGAGUAAAUGCCAGUAUUGAAGAUAUUUCCAGGCUUUGUCACUCAGAAUGAUUUACUCCAGAAAACUUUCCCCUGACUUGUGUGAAAAUGCAAAUGGAAGAAGUCCAUGUCACCAGGAGGACCCUCAUACUUUUUAGUCUAGAAAAUUAAUUCUUCUUUCAGAGUAAAUAGAUUCAUUUCCUAGUGCUGGCCAUAGUUUGGUCAUGGUUAUAAAGCCCUGCAUUAAUGAAACCUUUACUAUCUGUGGUAUAAUUAGUUACCUGGUUAUGGAAUCAUAAAGUGGUGGCCCAAGUUUCAGAUCAGGAAGUAAAUAGUGUCAUGUGGUUUUUCCUUUAGAUAGUUUGAGAGGCUUCUGGAUUUUAGCAAGCAGCUGACCUACGUUUCUCAGUGUUAAUCAUCUGAUAGAUGAUUUCACCUUGCUAGCUUGUUAUUAUUUGGUGCUUAUCGCCUGAUAGCUAAGAGAUAGUCCUAAUAAUAUUUUCAUUCUUUUAAUAUGUUUCUCUGCUAAAAUAUCACCCAAGCUAGAGGACCCUGACUUUGCUGAUCUUGGUAGACUAUGGAUUUGAAACAGUAGAUGCUUAGAUUUGAAACUACUCUGCAGAAGUAGUGUGUUUUAAAGUUAUAUAAAGUAUUUUUACAGUUAAUAUUAGUUUGUAAAUGCCAACAACUCACUAACACUAAGAACGUAUAGUAACUACUAAUGACAGACUGAGAUGUGUCCUGGAAAGCUGAUAACAGUGAGCUGUUUAUAAUUCCCAUCCUCCAUUGUCCCUUGUUGUUAGUUGCCCUGGAGUCAGUUUUGACUCACUGCGACCCCAUGUAUGCAGAGUAGAACUGUGCUCCAUAGGGUUUUCAAGACUGUGACCUUUCGACAGCAGACUGCCAGGCCUGUCUUCCAAGGCUCCUCCGGGUGGGUUCGAACUGCCAACCUUCGGCUGGUAGUCUAGUGCUUAACUGUUUGCGCUACCCAGGAUGCCUCUUGCUCCUUAGCCGAGAUGAUUUCUACCUUUUGACUCUUCCCUUUCAUGAGUGUUUAUAGGAGUGGAGGUGGGGGAUGCUGUAUAUUAUUAUUUAGCUCCUUUUGUGCCUCCUAUGGUGCCCUGAUGGCACAGUGGUUACGAGUUUGGCUGCUAAUGAAAAGGCCGACAGUUUGAAUCCACCAACCGCCCCUUGGAGACCGUAUGGAGCAAUUCCACUCGUCCUACAGGGUUGCUGUGAGUCAGAAUCGACUUGAUGGCAAUGGGUUUGGUUUUUUUUGGUGCCUCCUGAGAGUCAUUCAUUUGUUGAACGAAUACUCGUUGAUCACCUUCUGGUCUCAGGAACUGUUCUAGGCAUUUGGUGUGUAACAUACAAGAAAAUAAAAAGAAUGUGGCCUUAAUGAGGUUUAUGUUUUAGAGGGAGAAGACAGAUAAACAAAGCAAACAUAAAAUAUCAAUAAAAUAUAUGUUAGAAGGCGAAGUGGUAUGGAAAAAAGAAGAAGAAUAGGGCAAGGGUGUGGUGAUUACUGGUGAGAGAUCAGGAUGGGUUGCAGUUUUAAAUAGGUGGUCAAGGUAAUUCUUCCUGAAGGUGACAUUUGACUCAAGUUGUGAAAGAGAUGAGUUAGUCAUGUGGAUACUGGGGAUAGUUUUCCAGGCAGAGGCAAGAGCCAGGGCAAAGGCCCUAAGGCAGUGACAUGCCUUUCUUGUCCCAGGAACUGGGAGGAGGCAGCAUAGUUAGGGUAGUAGGGGGCUGAAAUCAGAAAGGUGUAACAAGAAGAGCAGGUCAUGUAGGAUCUUGUAGGCCAUUGUGACGACUUUAGCUUUUACUCUGAGUGAAAUAUGGAAUCAUUUUAGGAUUUUGAGCAGAGAAGUGACAUGAUCCAACUUAAGCUUUAAAGGAUCACUGUGGCUGCUAUAUUGAGAAUAGACUGAAAGGGAGCAGAGGUAGAUUCAGAGACCCAGUAAGUGACUACUGCAAUAAUCCAGGCAAGAGGUGAUGGUGGCUUUGACCAGAGUCGUGGAAUUGAAGCUGGUGAGAAGUGCUUGAAUUCUGGGGAGUUUUUUUUUUUUAAUAACUUUUAUUGUGCUUUAAGUGAAAGUUUACAAAUCAAGUCAGUCUCUCACACAAAAACCCAUAUACACCUUGCUACACACUCCCAAUUACUCUUCCCCUAAUGAGACAGCCCGCUUUCUCUUCUGGGGAGUUUUUGAAGGUAGAGUCAAGAUCGGCUGAUGGCUUGGAUGAAGGAUAUGAGAGAAGUUAAUCAAGGAUGACUCUGAGAUGGAGAAGGCUGAAGAUGGAACAGGUUUUGAGGGAAAGAUCAGGAGUGUGGUUUUGGACAUGAUAAUUUUAGAAUAAAUGUUUCUUAGCCAUCCACAUGGAGAUGUAGAGUAGGGUUGGUUAUGGGAAUCUGGAGUAUGGAGAGAGCUCUGGGCUAGGGGUAAAGAUUUGGGCAUCAUCAGCAUAUCGAUGGUAUUUAAAGCCAGAGACUGAAUGAGGCCAUUUUGGGAGUGAGUGUAGAUAAAAAAGACGACCAAGGACUGAACCCAGGAACACUCCAAUUUUAAGAGGUUGGGGAGAAAAGGAGGAACCAACAAAGGGGUAUGAGAAGGAGCGAGCAGUGAGAUAGGAGGAAAACCAGGAGAGUGUAGUGUUCUGGAAGCUGCAUGAAGAAAGUGUAUCAGGAAGGAGAGAGAGAUUAAUCAUAUAAAAUGCUGUUAAUAUAAGAUUAUUAAGAGCAACACCACAGAAGUAGCAUUGUUAUGUUGUAUUCAUAACAAAAUGUAUAAUCUCCACUGUUGUGUAGGAUUUUAUCUUAGAAAUUAAUAGAUACUCAGGUUUAUCAUGCAUAAACUUGUUUAUUGCAAGGAAGUCAUGGCAAGGCACACAAGUAAGACCUCACAACAUUGAUUUGGAACAGGAGAAUCAAAAUUAACAAUUACAAUGUUAAUUAAAUGGCUGAAGUUGAAAUCUUUAGAAUUCAGGCUUUUACCUUUAACAGGACAUCUCAGGAGGAAGGCUUAACCAUGGCUUGAACUUGGCGGAGGUCCAUCAUAGCUAGAGUCCAAGGUGGGCUACAGUAGACAAAAUCUUAGUUCCAUUGCUACCUUCUCUUGGUGAGUGAGCAGAAAUCUAGGGUUUAUAUGUGAAUUUGUCACCUUGGCUCCACAGGACAAGGACCACUGCGAUGGCAAAGACUAGUACAGAAUGUCUUUUGUCCAAGCUUAGAGAGUAGCUGAAUGAUGCAUCUUUUCUUCAAGGUUAAAGAUUAGGGAGGUUGUUUAGAUUUAUAUCGUUUUCUUGUGUCACAGCUUGCCGGGUCAUAGUGAACUUCAAGAUUGUUUAUGUUCUUUACAUACUUCACAUGCUUCUGUGUUCCUAUGUCUAAGUUCAGAAAUUUUCUAAGAAACUUUCUUAUGACUUACAGGUUACUAAUGAGUUGUAGUUAAUGUUAGAGAGUCUCAUAAAGGUAUACAUAUUUCUAUUUCUAAAUUCAUAUUAUGAGUGCUUAUACAUAUGUGUUUUGAAAGCAUAACGAUAACAUAUACCUUAUGGGAUCUGAGGUUGUUACAGAAACAUACAGAACACCUACCCUUCCACACAGCCUUUCUACUUGUUUAGCAUUCUUGUAUAUCCCAAGGAGAGCUGGUGAAGUUGCUCUGAGAGCUCCUGAUUUGACAGUUAGGCCAAUGUGUCCAAGCCCUUUUUUUAUCUAUUCUGUUCCAGACGUUGUGCAAAGUGCUAGAGACACAGACAUGAGUGGUAAACUGACACUGCCUUUAAAAUAAUCCGAUGAUAAGUAUUCUACAAAAUGUGUAAAAUCAGACCUUCCAUCAUUUGUGAAGAAGCAGCUCAUCAUUAUUUUAAAGGAAGGAAAGGAAUUAUAACUUUUUUAUUGAAUAAAAUUCAUAGAACUUCAAAUGAUGGGUAGAAGCUUAACAGUUUGUUAUAUAGAACUUUAAAAAAAAAACUUCUUUUUUCUGAUUAUAAAAGUGCUUACUUUAAAAAAAUGUACAUAUGAAUGUAUGUCCCCACGCACGUACAACCCAGAAAUGAAAUUCCCAGAAUUCGGUCUCCUGGAGAUGACUGUUGAUAGCAGUUUGUUAUGGGUUCUUCUUUUCUUCCCAGGAAUGCGUCAGUACUCCAGAGCAUAUUUACUGUAAUGAUAGAAUUGUGUUUUUCUGUGUUUGUUAACAACUCAUCUAUAUAAUUUCCUGAAAUUUUUUUCUCCUGUGGAAUGAUUUCAUUAUUGGUUCUCUACUGUAUGCAACUCUUACUUGGAGACAAAAAGUAAAGAAAUAUAGAUUCUUCUUAAUCUGCCUGGACAUUUUUAUCAGAAAUUACUAUUGCCACUCUUGCUCUUUUUUGAUUGUUGUUUGCUUGAUAAAUUUUUUCCAUCCGUUGAGUUUCAGUUUAUUUGUAUCUUUAAGUCUAAGAUGUGUCUCUUUUAGGCAGCAUAUACAUAGGGUCAUUUUUUUUAUCCACUCCCUGUCUCUUUAUUGGUGCGUUUAGUCCAUUUACAUACCUAUUGAUAAGUACGAGUUUAGUACUGUCAUUUUGCUGUCUUUUUGUGUAUGUGUGUUGUUGACAGUUUCUUUUUUCCAGUUAAUUUUCUGUGCGGAGUAGUUUUUCUUUAUAUAUUGUCUUUUCCUCUUUUUCGUUGUUGUUGAUUUUGUACUUGCUGAGUCUUUAUGUUUUUCUUGUUUUUUAUUUUGAUGUGUAGGAUUGUUAGUUUCCUUUGUGGUUACCUUAAUAUUUAUCCCUAUUUUUCUAAGUUUAAACCAAACCUUUAUUUCUUUAUAUCGCCUUGACUUCAUCUCCAUAUGAAAGAUCUAUGACUACAUUUUUUAGCCCUUCUUUUGUUCAUUUAAUGUUGUCGUCUUUUACAUAAUGACGUCUCUGUUUCCCUGUUUUGAGCGUUUUAGCCUUGAUUUAUUUUUGUGAUUCCCCUAUCUGGGUUGAUAAUCUGGUUGCUCCUUUUUGUGUUCUAGUCUUGGGUUAUUAUCUGAUGUUAUUGACUUUCUAACUAGAGGACUUCCUUUAGUAUUUCUUGUAAUUUUGAUUUGUUUUUUGCAGAUUUCCUAAACUUUAUCUGGAAAUGUCCUAAUUUCGCCUUCAUAUUUGGGAGACAAUUUUGCUGGGUAUAUAAUUCUUGGCUGGCAAUUUUUCUCCUUCAAGGCUUUAUGUAUGUCAUCCCAUUGCCUUCUUGCCUGCAUGGUUUCUGCUUAGUAGUUGGAGCUUAGUCUUAUUGACUCUUCUUUGUAGGUGACUUUUUGUUUGUCCCUAGCUGCUCUUAAAAUUCUUUCUUUGUCUUUGGUUUUGGCAAGUUUGAUUGUAAUAUGUCUUGGUGACUUUCUUUUGGGAUCUACCUUGUGUGAGAUUCGAUGAGCAUCUUGGAUAGAUACCAAGGAAGUUUUACGAUAUCAAGGAAGUUUUCUGCCAACAAAUCUUCAACAAUUCUCUCUGUAUUUCCUGUUAUUCCCCCGCCCCUCCGCCCGCCCUGCCCUCCUCUGGUACUCCAACCACUCAUAGGUUGUUUCUCUUGAUAGAGUUCCACAUAAUUCUUAGGGUUUCUUCAUUUUUUAGAAUUCUUUUAUCUGAUUUUUCCUCAAAUUUGUUAGCAUCCAGAGCUUUAUAUAAUUUGAUAUUGACUGUUGUCUCUGAGCCAUCUAUGAGCUACUCUAUUAGUUUAUUUUAUGUUUGCUUACUGUAUCCUAGCUUAUUGCUUUGUUUUGUUUUGAUAUGCCCAUAUGGGUUGCUUGAGUGAGCUAGCUUGACUGUUUUCACCUUUGAAGCUCUCACGUUCUGUCACCAGAUGGCUAGAGCUGUUAUCAGGUAUAUUAGUCUAGGAGUCCAUUCACUUUUCUUGUAUGGAUUCAGCUCAGGUGUCCAGGUAGCUGGUCAUCAAAUGUGUGGUACAAGCUCCGUCCUACAGUCUUAGAGGGGCAGGGGUGAUUGGUGUAGGUACUGGUAUCUGGUUGCAGCAGGGGGUCACGCUAUGAACAAGGCAGGGGGCUGAGAAUCAUCCCCCGAGUGUCUCUGAGGAAAGCACGUCCCUCUUCCCUAGAGCGUAUAGGUAGGUGGGUUUUGCAGAUGGUCCAUGGGCACCCAGCGCUUCUGGUUGUAAGGACUAGGAGGUACCAGUUAUCCUUGGACCCCGGUUGCAGGUGGCUGGGUGACCUGAGUGGAGCCACCAGUCCUUAGGCCCCUGAUGUGGGUAGGUGAGGACCCUGUUUAAUAGGCAAAGCGGUGUCAAACAUCAGAUACCCACCUCUCCACUGCACAGCUAUAACGGUUGCAGUCUGGCAACAAGGGCCUGUUCCCCUGAAACAGGCCCACACAGGUCCAUGCAGGAGGGAAAGGUAUUCAAAGUCCAUAGACCGUUUAUGCCUGGACAGGAGCCGCUUCUGUCCUGAGCUCCCCAGGUUAGUGGACCUGGCAAAUGAUCUUUUCCCCCAGUUGUGAAUUUAUUCCUUCUCCAAGGCCAGGAGAAUGGCUCGGGAUGCUCACAGGGCCUAUCUCAGGCCCAGGGAAAUCAAGAGCCUCUGAAGCCAGCUUGGGGGCGGGGGGCAUGGUAAAAUAUAUGCAAGUACUUAGCUUUUGCCAAGAGUGCCAUUCUUCUCUGGUUCUGAAGGUGUGAGUAAGCUAUGCGGCUGGCUGCUUCUCCCUGAGGAAACUGCCAGCCCACCACAGCCGCUCCUGGGAAUGGUGCUGAGGGAUCCUGGCGAUUUAGGUCUGGCAACUCCUCUCAGCUUCUGAACUGUCUCUCCCUCCCCCUGCCUCUCAGUCUGUUUUCUAACUUUGGCUUUGGUGUUCAGGGCUCCUAGCUUGUCGUAAAUAUAAUUGUUUCACUUGUUUUUCCAGGUCUUUAUUGUGAGAGGGAUUGCCAGAAGCGUCUCGCUAUUCCACCAUCUUGGCACCGCCCAUCGGUGUCAAGUGCCUUAUCUUCACUCUCACUAAUUCUGACCUCCAUUGCCUCAGUUCUGCUCCUAUGACUUUGACUGAGUUGUCUAAUUCUGAAUUUCUGUUUUUUUGUCUCUCUGUGAAUUCUUGCAGACUAUUAAAUUUGUCACUAUGCUGUUCUCUAAUCUUCUUAAGUUCCUCAAAUGGUAUGCUUGGACAUAUUUAGUUGUAAGAAAAAUGCCUUUUGCUUAAAAUAAACUUACACAUGCACUAACUUUUGCACCAAAAAUCCAGAAAACCAAACCCACUGCCUUUGAGUCACUUCCGACUCAUAGCAACCCUAUAGGAAAGGAUAGAACCGCUCCAUAGGGUUUCCAAGGCUAUAAUCCUUACAGGAGCAGACUGCCACAUCUUUCUCCUGUGGAGCAAUUGGUGGGUUUGAAUGGCUGGCCUUUCAGUUAGCAGCAGAGCACUUUAACUGCUGUACCACCAGGGCUGCUUCCCAAGAGGGGCUAGAUAGGUUAAAAAAAAAAAAUGGUCUCUGUGUUGAUCAUCUGGCCACAUUGUUGUUGUUGUUAGGUGUUAUCGAGUUGGUUCUGACUCAUAGUGACCCUAUGUACAGCAGAACAAAACACUGCCUGGCCCUGUGCCAUCCUCACAAUUGUUGCUAUGUUUGAGCUCAUUGUUGUAGCCACUGUGUCCAUCCAUUUCCUCUUUUUCGCUGACCCUGUCUUUUACCAAGCAUGAUGUCCUUCUCCGGGGACUGGUCCCUCCUGAUAAGAUGUCCAAAGUAUGUGAGACAAAGUUUUACCAUCCUUGGUUCUAAGGAGCAUUCUGGCUGUACUUCUUCCAAGACAGAUUGGUUUGUUAUUCUGGAAGUCCAUGGUAUAUUCAAUAUUCUUUGCUAACAUCAUAAUUCAAAGGUAUCAAUUCUUCUUCAGUCUUCCUUAUUCAUUGUCCAGCUUUAUGUGCAUAUGAGGCGAUUGAAAAUUCCAUGGCUUGGGUCAGGGGUACCUUAGUCCUCAAAGUGGCAUCUUUGCUUUUUAACACUUUAAAGAGGUCUUUUAUAGCACAUUUGCCCAGUGCAAUGGGUUGCUUGAUUUCGUGACUGCUGCUUCCACUGGCAUUGACUGGAUCCAAGUAAGAUGAAAUCCUUGACAACUUCAAUAUUUACUCAUUUUAUCAUGAUGUUGGAGCCCUGCUAGUGCAGUGUUUACGAGCUCAAAAUUUCGGCAGUCCGAAUCCACCAUCCACUCCUUGGAAACCCUAUGGGGCAGUCCUACUCUGUCCUGUAGGGUCACUGUGAGUUGGAAUCUACUUGAUGGCUACAGGUUUGGUUUUUUUUGGGGGCGGGUAUCAUGAUGUGCCUGUUCCCAAGAAAGGUGAUCCAUCCGAAUGUGGAAAUUAUCAAACAAUAUCGUUAAUAUCACACACAAGCAAAAUUUUGCUGAAGAUCAUUCAAAAGCAGCUGCAGUGGUAUAUCGACAGGGAACUGCCAAAAAUUCAGGCCAGGUUCAGAAGAGGAUAUGGAACCAGGGAUAUCAUUACUGAUAUCAGAUGGAUCCUGGCUGAAAGCAGAGAAUACCAGAAAGAUGUUUACCUAUGUUUUAUUGACUAUGCAAAGGCAUUCGACUGUGUGGAUCAUAACAAAUUGUGGAUAACAUUGUGAAGAAUGGGAAUCCCAGAACACUUAAUUGUGCUCAUGAGGAACCUGCGCGUAGAUCAAGAGGCAGUUGUUCAGACAGAACAAGAGGAUACGGAUUGGUUUAAAGUCAGGAAAGGUGUGCGUCAGGGUUGUAUUCUUUCACCAUACCUAUUUAAUCUGUAUGCUGAACAAAUAAUACGAGAAGCUGGACUAUAUGAAGAAGAACGGGGCAUCGGGAUUGGAGGAAGACUCAUUAAUGACCUCAUUAUGCAGAUGACGCAACCUCACUUGCUGAAGGUGAAGAGGACUUGCAGCACUUUCUAAUAAAGAUCGAAGACCACAGCCUUCAAUUUGGAUUACACCUCAACAUAAAACAAAAAUCCUCACAACUGGACCAAUAAGCCACAUCGUGAUAAACAGAGAGAAGAUUGAAGUUGUCAAGGAUUUCAUUUUACUUGGAUCCACAAUCAACAGCCUUGGAAGCAGCAGUCAAGAAAUCAAAAGAUGCAUUGCAUUGGGCAAAUCUGCUGCAAAAGACCUCUUUAAAGUGUUGAAAGGCAAAGAUACUGCCUUGAAGACUAAGGUGCGCCUGACACAAGCCAUGGUAUUUUCAAUUGAAUCAUAUGCAUGUGAAAGCUGGGGAACGAAUAGGGAAGACCAAAGCAGAAUUGAUGCCUUUGAGUUGUGGUGUUGGCGAAGAAUAUUGAAUAUACCAUGGACUGCUGAAAGAAUGAACAAAUCUGCCUUGGAAGAAGUACAACCAGAAUGCUCCUUAGAAGCAAGGAUGAUGAGACUGCCUCUUACAUAGUUUUGGUAUGUUGUCGGGAGGGAUCAGUCCCUGGAGAAGGACCUCAUGCUUGGUAGAGUACAGGGUCAGCAGAAAAGAGGAAGACCCUCAACAAGAUGGAUUAACACAGUGGCUGUAACAGUGGGCUCAAACAUAACAAUGAUUGUAAGGAUGGCGUAGGAGUGGGCAGUAGAACUGGGCACUGUGCUACAUAGCGUCGCUAUGAGUCAGAACCGACUGAAUGGCACCUAACACAACAACAACAAUGAUGUUGCUUAUUGGUCCAGUUGUGAGAGGAUUUUUGUUUUCUUUAUGUUGACGACGUUAGCUGUUGCUAUUAUGAUGAUUAUGAUUAUUCCCAGAAGGUAGAUCUGUUGGGUGUGGGUGUGCAAAUUUGGGAGUAUAGUAGUAGCAUUAGCAUCAUUUUGCUUAGUUGAAAGGGAGAAUUUGAAAUUGCCAUGGCAAUUCUGCAGGGGUUUGAGAGUAACCAGAUAGCUGGAGCUGGAGCAAAGUGUUGGAGAGGGAAAAAGAGGUUAAAAAUCACCUGAGGAACAGUCUAGGGAAGAACCCUUGGUGUGGCUGCCUGAUGGAGAGGUGGGUUUGUUGAGUGUUCCUGAAUCCUCUGGCUCAUCUCUUGACUGCUUCCAGCUUGCUCACUUCUCUGUCUUUCUCCCAGUCAGCAUUUAAUACCCUCAGAGAUCUCUUUUGCUUAAGGAAAGAGAAUAAAAAUCUCCGUCCAUUCUACAUUUCAUUUUCAGCUAUGUACUUUUCAUUAAGCUCUAAACUCACCGAAUGUCUUUCUUUUUUUAACAGCUUUACUGAAAUGAUUCACAGACCAUACAAUUCACCCAUUUAAAGUGUACAAUUCAUUGUUUUUAGCAUGUUCACAGGGUUGUACGAUGAUCACCAAAAUCAGUUUUAGAAUAUUUUUAACAACCCAAAAAGAAACUCCGUACUCAUUAAGUCCCUUUCCAUUCCCUCUCCAAACCACCAGGACCUGGGCCACCAUUAUCUAUCUGUAGAGAUUUUCCUAUUCUGGACAUUUCAUAUAAAUGGAAUCAUGUAAUAUGUGGUCCUUGUGACUAGGCUCUGUCACUUAGCAUAAUGUUUUUAAAGUUCAUCCAUGUUAUGUUGUAGAGAAGUCAAGUGGAGCCACGAGGAGCCCUCACCACUGCUCUUGAGGCCGUGUUGCUUGGUGAUGAUCACAGCAAACCCCUACUUCUCCCCAUAUCCAUCCCAGAGGUCCUGCGUCCCCCAGGAGUGUUUGAAGAUUUGCAGGGUGUGGGCAUGCAAGGAAAAAAAGAAAUGUGAAACCCUUCAGAGAGAAGAGCCUGAUGAAAUCUCCCUUCCAAAAACUUCCAGAGAGCAGGAGAUCCCACCUCCAGUUUGUGAAAUCAAAGGAGACCAUUUGAAAGCAUUAGCUGAUUCCCAGCUGCAGAAUGAUGCCAGUGAACAAAAUGAGAGUGAAAUGUUUGAUGUACCACUCACCUCCUUAACUGUGAGCAGUGAUGGGUCCGCAUCAUGUAACACCGAGACCCUAAAGGACUGUGUCGAGGAUGAAGAAAUCAAGCCAAAGAUUGACCCCGGAGACAACACUGGAACCAAAGUAGAGCCUCCCGAGAACUUUACAGAAGUAGAGGAAAAUAAAUCUGUACAAUGUGGACCUUCAGAAAGCACGUUGCAGUCUGAUUUUUCUCAUCCUCAGCAGGAAGUGGGAAAUUUACAUGUCAGAGAGACUCACAAUAGGACAGAAGACAAACAAGCCCAGGGUCUUUCUUUAGAGGUGCUACACAGUGUCGGCUUGCAGAGUUCCUGUGAAGUCACAGAUGUUCUUCAGCCACCUAGAGUGAAAAAACUCUAUCCCCAGUUGCCAGCUGAGAUGACUGGAGAAGAACCAGCUUUGGUGGCCGUGAAACCCUUAGCUCGUAACGAACGACUCUACCCGGAACUCCCAUCACAACCAGAACUAGUACCAUUUACUAAAGAACAGUUGAAAAUCUUUGAGCCUGGUUCAUGGCUGGAAAAUGUUGAGUCAUACUUAGAAGAAUUUGACAGCAUGGCUCAUCAGGACAGGCAUGAAUUUUAUGAGUUGCUUUUAAACUACUCACGGUGUAGGAAGCAGCUGCUGCAGGCUGAAGCUGAGCUACUUACCCUGACGUCUGAUUGCCAAAAUGCUAAAAGCCGACUGUGGCACUUUAAGGAGGAGCAAAUGUCUGUACAGGGUAUCUGUGCAGAUCAAGUGAAAGUUUCAGGCUAUCAUCGCUACCAGACAGUAGAGAUGAAUGAAAAUGCACUGGGGGAGCUAAAGAAGCUAUUUGAUGCCAAAUCUGAGCACCUCCACCAGACCCUGGCUCUGCAUUCUUACACAUCCGUGCUCUCGCGGUUGCAAGUGGAGUCUUACAUCUAUGCACUGCUCAAUAGUUCAGCUGUUCUGAGAUCUCUAGCAAUUCAUCAGCAAGGCCGAGUGCCUAAGCAGGCAGAAAGUAUCCCCUCUGACCUGUGUCAGCUAAAGGAGUGCAUUAGUGUCUUAUUCAUGUUCACCAGGAGAGUUAAUGAAGAUACUCAAUUCCAUGACGACAUUCUUCUCUGGCUGCAGAAAUUGGUAUCAGUGUUACAGAGAGUUGGCUGUCCUGGAGAUCACUUCUUCAUUCUGAACCAUAUUCUUCGAUGCCCCGCUGGUGUUAGUAAAUGGGCUGUUCCUUUCAUCCAGAUCAAAGUGUUGAAUAACCCGUCAGGGGUCUUUCACUUUAUGCAGUCCCUUGCUCUGCUCAUGUCUCCUGUCAAAAAUCGAGCAGAGUUCAUGUGCCACAUGAAGCCCAGUGAGCGGAUACCAUCCUCUUCGGGGCCGGCGUCGGGGACCUGGACGCUAGUAGAUGAGGGAGGAGAAGAGGACGAAGACCCUGAGACUAGUUGGAUUCUCCUUAAUGAAGAUGACUUGGUUAUCCUGUUAUCACAGUUUCCAUUUCAUGAACUCUUUCAAUAUCUUCUUGGGUUUAAGGCAAAAGGUGAUUAUUUAGCUGAAACAACAAGACCUCAAGAGAUGAUGAAAAUUUUUGCCUUUGCCAACUCCUUAGUGGAACUUCUGGCUGUGGGGUUAGAAACCUUUAAUAGAGCACGCUACAGGCAGUUUGUGAAGCGCAUUGGUUACAUGAUCAGGAUGACCCUUGGUUAUGUGAGUGACCAUUGGGCACAGUAUGUGAGCCACAAUCAAGGCCUGGGACUGGCCCUGCAGCCCUACUCCACAGAGAAACUACAGGUUGAGUUUGAUGAGCUGUUUUUGAGGGCUGUUCUACACGUGCUGAAAGCCAAAAGACUUGGCAUUUGGCUGUUUAUGUCUGAGAUGCCCUUUGGGACCCUGUCGGUCCAGAUGCAGUGGAAGCUCUUCUACCUCAUGCACCAGGUGGAAAGUGGGAGCCUGGAGCAGCUCUGUGCCACCCUGCAGCCCGCCGAGUGCAAGAAGCAGCUCCAAGACCCAGAGCAUUUUGUGAACUUUGAGAAGUGUCUUUCUUCCAUGAAUAGCUCAGAAGAGAUUUGCCUUCUGACUACAUUUGCUCAGAUGGCACAGGCCAGAAGAACCAACGUGGAUGAAGACUUCAUAAAAAUUAUUGUUCUGGAGAUAUAUGAGGUAUCUUAUGUUACCCUGUCCACCAGAGAGACUUUUUCAAAGGUUGGCCGAGAGCUUUUAGGAGCCAUCACAGCUGUUCACCCUGAGAUUACUUCUAUUCUUUUGGAUAGAGUUCGAGAGACCAUUGAUCAGGUUGGAAUGGUUUCUUUAUACUUGUUUAAAGAAUUGCCUUUAUAUCUUUGGCGACCCUCUACCUCCGAGAUAGCUGUAAUUCGGGAUUGGUUGUUGAAUUAUAACCUGACAGCAGUCAAGAAUAAACUGGCCUGUGUUAUUCUCGAAGGACUGAACUGGGGAUUUGGUGAACAGGGAGUCCUUCAUCUGAAUCAAGCAGUCCAUGCUGAAGUGGCUCUAAUGGUUCUUGAAGCUUACCAGAAGUAUCUUGCACAGAAGCCAUAUGCUGGGCUUCUUUCUGAAAGUAUGAAGCAGGUGUCAUAUUUGGCCAGUAUUGUUCGUUAUGGAGAGACACCUGAGACUUCAUUUAACCAAUGGGCCUGGAACUUGAUCUUGAGGUUAAAACUGCACAAAAAUGAUUACGGAAUGCAGCAGAAUUGUCCGACUGUACCCUUCUCCAGCACUGUCCCUGACAUGACUGAGUCACCCACGUUUCAUCCUCUCUUGAAGGCUGUGAAAGCGGGCAUGCCCAUUGGCUGUUAUCUUGCCUUGUCCAUGACGGCCGUGGGCCACAGCAUUGAGAAGUUCUGUGCAGAAGGCAUUCUACUGCUGGGAGUUCUGGUCCAGUCAAGACAUUUGAGAACAGUGGUCCAUGUUCUGGAUAAGAUUCUCCCUUUGUUCUACCCCUGCCAGUAUUACCUUCUGAAGAAUGAGCAGUUUUUGUCACACCUCCUCCUGUUCCUGCACUUGGACAGCGGCGUCCCUCAGGGUGUCACGCAGCAGGUCACCCACAAGGUGGCACAGCACCUGACAGGAGCCAGCCAUGGGGACAAUGUGAAGCUUCUCAACAGCAUGAUCCAGGCGCACAUAUCUGUAAGCACUCAGCCCAACAAAGUGGGCCCCGUUGCCGUGUUGGAGUUCUGGGUUCAGGCUCUUAUAAGCCAACAUCUUUGGUACCGAGAACAACCCAUCCUCUUUCUCAUGGACCACUUGUGUAAAACAGCUUUUCAGCUGAUGCAGGAAGACUGUGUGCAGAAAUUACUCUACCAGCAACAUAAGAAUGCUUUGGGCUACCACUGUGACCGGAGUCUGCUGUCUUCUUUGGUGAGCUGGAUUGUGGCUGGCAACAUCACUCCUUCCUUUGUGGAGGGCUUGGCCAUGCCCACUCAGGUCUGGUUUGCAUGGACUGUACUGAACAUGGAAUCCAUCUUUGAAGAAGACUCCCAGCUCCGAAGAGUUGUCGAAGGGGAAUUGGUUAUAAACCCUGCUUUUACCCCUGACCAAGCUCUGAAGAAAGCCCAGGCCCAGCUGAAGCUCGCCAUCAUCCCGUCCCUCCAGAGGCUGCUGAUUUAUCGUUGGGCCCACCAGGCUCUGGUCACGCCUUCUGAUCACCCUCUUCUGCCACUCAUUUGGCAGAAGUUCUUCCUCCUGUAUCUUCACCGCCCAGGACCUCAAUAUGGGUUACCCAUUGAUGGUUGUAUUGGAAGAAAGUUUUUUCAAAGCCCUGCUCAUAUGAAUUUGUUGAAAGACAUGAAGAGGCGCCUGACUGAGGUGGCCGACUUCCACCAUGCUGCGAGCAAAGCCCUGCGCGUUCCAGCAGAGGGCAGUGAAGGGCCAUGUGAGAGCCAGGCGGGCACCCCUGGUUUCCUCACAUCACCAGAGCUGCACACGGAACUUGUGAGGCUUUUCAAUGUAUAUAUAUUAUGGCUAGAAGAUGAGAAUUUUCAAAAAGGAGAUACUUAUAUCCCUUCCUUACCAAAGCAUUAUGAUAUUCACAGGCUAGCAAAAGUGAUGCAGAAUCAGCAGGAUCUGUGGAUGGAGUAUUUGAACAUGGAGCGCAUUCAUCACGAGUUUCAGGAAGCUGUUGGUCUGUGGACCCAGACCAAGCUUGAGUCCCAUUCCCCGCCCUGCAGUUUGUCAGUGCAGCUGGACUUCACCGAUCCUUUGUUGGCUAAAGAAAGGGUUUUAGGUAACUUGCGAAAACAUGAGCUUCCCCAUCCUUCCCUUGCUCUGCACCCAAUGAGACCUCCCGUCCCGGUGAUUUCCUCAGCCACGCUACUGAGUCAGAAGGAUGCCACCCAGCUUGUGCGUACGGACCUGAACCUGCUGCAACAGCAGGCCAGAGCUGCAGCUCUUCGAGAAUCUCAGCAGGUUGCCCUGGAUAGUGAGCUGUUGGACACAAUGCCCAAGCAGUAUGUUAAUCGAGAAGAACAGAUCACACUACAUGUGGAGUGUAGAGGCAGUAGUGGUAAGAAGUGCCAAGGAGCAGCAGUUAUAACAGUUCAAUUUGAAGGUAUGCAUAAGAACGAAGCAGUAAGCCAGCAGCUCCAUGUUUUGCGAAAAGACGUGAAGCAUUUGCAGGCGGAAGCCGCUAAGCCGCCGUCGCUGCGCGUUGUGGAAGCUGCUGUGCAUGCAGAAAACUUGAUUACGGCCUUAGUGAAUGCGUAUAAGUUACAGCCUACACCUGGAGUUCAGAAAGUUGGUAUUGAUCUUUUCUUUACUGUUGUGGAUUAUGUCAGCGAUGAGACACAGCGUCAUCCUCCUACAAGGCAGUUCUUUACGUCAUGCAUUGAGAUCUUGGGUCAGGUGUUUAUCAGUGGCACUAAAUCGGAGUGCAAGAAGGUACUUCAGACCAUCCUGAAGAAUAGAAGGCUCUGCUCUCUUCUGUCUCCUUUCUUCACUCCCAAUGCUGCGCCUGCAGAGUUCAUAGAGCUGUAUGAGAAAGUGGUCAAGUUUCUAAGUGAGGACAAUAGUGAUAUGAUUUUCAUGCUGCUAACUAAGUUCGAUCUUAACCAAUGGCUAAACUCCACUAAACCUCCUCUGUCUGAUCGUACCAGGCUUCUGGAAUCCAUUCAUUUGGCACUUACUGCCUGGGGCCUUGAACCAGAUGAGGAUAUUUUGAUGCCAUUUAAUCUUUUCUGUAAGCACUGGACUUACCUUCUUCUCUAUCAGUUCCCUGACCAGUACAGUGACAUUCUCAGGCUGCUGAUGCAAAGCUCUGCUGAGCAGCUACUGAGCCCUGAGUGUUGGAAAGCCACUCUGAGAGCCCUGGGCUGCUGCCCCCCUGACUGCCAGCAGGGGGCAGCUUCUGCCGAGAGCACUGCGCUUCAAAGCUCACCAGAUGUUCUCUUGUCAGACAAGCAGGUAAUGGAGACUAUACAGUGGCUCUCAAACUUUUUUUAUAAGCUUCGGUUAUCCAAGUUGGACUUUAAGAGCUUUGGCUUAUUCUCAAAAUGGAGUCCUUACAUGGCUGAUGUGAAGACACUGUUGGGCUAUCUUGUGAAAAGGCUGAUUGACUCUGAAAUGGCAUGCUUGGUCCAAGACCCAUCUGCCAGCAGCAAAACAGUUCUGAAAUCCCUACAUUCAGUGAUCAUCCAGCUCUUUAAGCCGUGGAUCCUGGUCUUAGAGGACAAUGAGAGCAACCAACGACAUUACCCCUGGUUAGAGAGUGAUGCUGUGGUGGCCUCAAGUAUAGUGCAAUUAUUCACUGACUCUAUUGACUCAUUACAUGAGAGUUUUAAAGAUCAACAAAUGCUACCCUUGACCCCUGUCUUAAAAGAUAAGCUGCUGCCAGGUGACGAAGGAGCCCUUCGAUUACACCUGAUGCAUUAUUGCGAAGCCUGUACAGCACCCAAAAUGCCAGAGUUCAUUCUGUACACAUUCCAUAGUGCGUACCAGAAACUCAAGUGGAGGGACCUGCACCCCGAUCAGAUGCUUAUGGAGGCCUUCUUCAAAGUGGAACGAGGAAGCCCCAAGAGCUGUUUCUUGUUUUUGGGGUCUAUACUCUGUGAAGUCAAUUGGGUUAGUGUGCUCUCUGAUGCCUGGAAUCCCAAUCCCCGCCCUGAAACCAGAAGCAUGAUUGUCUGCCUCCUUUUCAUGAUGAUUUUAUUGGCAAAGGAAGAUCAACUAGUAGACCAAACAGAUUCGGCUUUAGUCAGUCUCCUUGGACAGACAAGCUCACUUUCAUGGCAUCUUGUGGAUAUUGUGUCAUACCAGAGUGUGAUAGGUUAUUUCAGUAGCCAUUAUCCGCCGUCCAUCAUCCUGGCUAAAGAAUCUUCUGCCGAAUUAAUAGUGAAGCUCCUAAAAGUGUCUGCAGGCCUUUCCAUUCCAACUGAUGGCCAGAAACAUCUUGAUGCAGUUCCAAAAUGCCAAGCGUUCACUCAUCAGGUGGUCCAGUUUCUCAGUACCCUGGAGCAAAAUGGAAAAAUCACUUUAGCAGUCCUUGAGCAGCAAAUGUCUAAACUCUUAGAUGAUAUCAUUAUCUUUAACCCACCUGACAUGGACAGCCAGACCCGCCACAUGGCCCUCAGUAGCCUCUUUGUGGAAGUCCUAAUGAUGAUGAACAACGCAACUAUUCCAACUGCUGAGUUCCUCCAGGGCAGUAUCCGGACCUGGAUUAGCCAAAAAGUGCAUGGGCUGGGGGUGCUGCCCCUUUUAACAGCAGCCUGCCAGAGCCUGGCUUCCGUCCGCCAUAUGGCUGAGACCACAGAAGCCUGCAUCACGGCCUACUUCAAGGAAGACUCCCUCAAUCAAAAUGUAGGAUGGGGCCCCAUUCUGGUGUCCCUUCAAGUUCCUGAGCUCACCAUAGAAGAAUUUCUGCAGGAGUGCCUGUCCCUGGGCAGUUACUUGACUCUUUAUGUCUACUUGCUUCAGUGUUUAAAUAGUGAACAGACUCUAAGGAAUGACAUGAAAGUGCUGCUCAUCUUAAGCAAGUGGUUGGAACAGGUGUAUCCAAGCUCUGUGCAGGAAGAGGCAAAGCUGUUUUUGUGGUGGCACCAGGUUCUGCAGCUGUCCCUGAUUCAGACGGAGCAGAACGACUCUAUCUUGACAGAAUCUGUCAUUCGAAUUCUGCUCAUGCUUCAGAGCAGACAGAGCCUGGUGGCUGAGGAGAGGCUCAGCUCUGGGAUUCUGGGGGCAAUUGGGUUGGGCCGGAAGUCACCCUUGUCUAACAGGUUCCGAGUGGUUGCCCGAAGCAUGGCUGCCUUCCUUUCAGUUCAGGUUCCUACAGAUGACCAGAUUCGACUGAAGCCUGCCUCUGAAUUACAUCUGACUCUGAAAGCUCAGCAGGCUCUGAAUGCUCUGGAAUCCAUGACAUCAAAUAAGCAGUAUGUUGAAUACCAGGAUCAGAUAUCUCAAGCUGCCAAGUUUAUAAAGCAUCCUGGCCAUUGCCUCCAAGAUGGGAAAAGCUUCCUGGCUCUUCUCGUUAACUGUCUCUAUCCAGAAGUGCAUUAUUUGGACAACAUACGAUAGUACACCGAGGCCCAUAGAAAAUCUGUUGUUUAUGUUUACAUUUAACUUUGCUGUUGCACAAGGAACUUUGCUCAGUUUCACUGCAGAGCUCAGUUCAGCCAAUGAGUAGUGACUGGGAUGCACGCUGCAGGCCCUGGAAAACUACUGUGCAUGUACGCGUGUGUGUGUUUUAUUAGCCCCUAAGACUUCCCUAGAACUUUUUAGUUUUUAUGUCAUCCAACAAGAGACACUUAGUAAGUUCCACUUGGGGACAGUACCCCUCACAGUUGCCGAAUUCACCAGUCAUCUCACAAGACCCCAGGGUGGGGUUCUUUGUAUGUCUUCACUUCUGCCUCCUCUGGUUUUGUUGAAAUGUGAAGACUUUGGGCGUCAUGUAGAAGCCUCACUUUUGAACACCGUCUGAGUUCUUCCAAAGUAAAACAUACCAACUUUGAAAAUGUCUGCGUUUCUCAAAAGUGAGGAAAUACAUCAGCUUAAAGGAAUUGUGUUACCUGUCUAAGAAGGGAGUUAAGAGUGCUGAGCUAGUCAGGAGCCACAUUCACGACUGCAGGUCCUCUGUUUCCAACCACUGCUAACAACUGACAAUAAAAGACUGGCAUUUAAAGUGAGUCAUUGUCUAGAAUGUGACCACUUGAUCCUGGGUGUAGCGGACCCAGGAGAUGGUGUCAGGUUUGUCUCCAUCCAGCUGUGUGUCCUCAUGGAGAGGAGCCAUCCAUCCACGUCGGGGUUGCAUGCUGAAGGUUUGUGAUGAGAAUCCUGGGCACAGUGUGUUUUCCUUGGUCCGUGUGGUGGAGUGUGUAGGCGGGACUUACUCUCCACUUCGUUGCCAUUCCUCCAUUCCUCUUGAUCCUUCUCCCAGCCCUCCCGUCGUUCCCAUCACUCACUCAGCUCCUGUCAGCGUCCGAGUUUGUAACUCCUGAUAGACACUACACUGGGUAUCUGAAGGCCCACUGCUGAGAGAGACUGAAGACUGGAUGAUUCUGUAAUCCCUACUUGUUUCUUCAUUCUCUGUUUAAACUCAAAAGAAGAUCGUGGACCUGCGGAAAUGUGUCUUUGGAAAUCGAAUCAGAGCAGGAGACUUGCUGAAGUUUGGCUUUUUUUUCAGUAGUGAUGUGCCUUCUGUUGUUAACAAUGCAUCCAUUACCAAAGCCUGUCUGUAGUGUUGCCUUGUUCUGUUGCUAUCUUCUCGCUCAUGUCAUUUCCCCCAAGAAUUAGCAAAUUGACUUCUGUACUCAUAUUUGUAAUUCUUUUGGCUCAGACUUGAUUUUAUUUGUCCGGCUUGCAUAAUGUUUCUUUUGUUUAUGGGUUAUCAAUAGCCCAAGAACACUUACUGAAGAAUGGCCAGUCACUGACAGCUUAUUGUGGGAUGCUAGUGAUACAGGUUAAUGGAGCGAUAACCUCUUCUCAAGUCUCUUUUUUGGAGUAUUUCCCCAGCAUUUGGAAGUAUGUAGGGGCCCUUCUUACUGAAUUUCUGUAGUUGGGCAGAAGAAUUCCACCUCACAGACCUGCUCUGGAGCUCUGAUAAAGAUCAUCCCUGUUCAUCCUCCCAAGUGUUGUUAACCCCAGUGGCCACCUCAGAGUUGACCUGUCUUAGAGCUUUGCCUUGUGCUUGCUUCUUUGUCAGAUAAUGUUUCUCCACCGUCAAAAUUGGUCGUCUUCCCUGGGAAAUUUUAGAAGCUGUGAACAAUUUGAAUGGUUGGUUUGAGAACAGUGAUUUUCUCACAGGAAAUAUUUGGUGUGCUGUUUUCUUUGAGGAGGAUGUAAUUGUGGAUCUCCUAGAAUGUGAAAUUUUUGAGUGACAGUAUGUACAUUUUAAAGAGAAGUUUAACCUGUUAAUUUGAAAGUUUAUAAUAUUUGUAAUGUAUUUUGGUCUGUAAAAACCAUAAAAAAAAAAAAUUUGGUGGUAGCUGGUAACCCAAUUUACAAGGCUAUCACAGUUUCUUAUAAAGCAUCUCAGUUGUUAAAAUCCAUGUAGAUCUUAAUGCCUGAUGUCACCAAAUUUAUUUGACAUUGUAAAGAUGAUCGGAGAUGGUCAGUGAAAGUACUCCCUCAUUAACUUCUUCAUGCUCAACAUUGGAGAGUUUACUCACUGCCUAGAUUCCUGUGAGAGGUUCUAGGCUACGAAAGUGCUUCAGAGACACUGAGAUAGUUCAGAACAUGACAGCACUGCUGUAGACUCUUGGAAAAGAAGGAAGCAGGUAGACCAGCAUGCUCUAUAGCUUUCAGGGGUAAUGAGCAAAAACAGUCUGCUGCUAGAGUGCAGGCAGCACCAUUUCAGAAACAGUGACGUGCCUUGCAGGUAGAUACCUGGACCGAGCCCAAGGCCUGCCUUGUGUGUUGAGCAGUGUUGAAGGUGAACUUGUGCACGUUCCAGGCCAUCAGAUGAGGCCAUCAGAGGCCUCUUCAGAUGAGGAUGUCUAACAGCUUCUGAGAGGAGGGGGCAGCACUUUGGUCUCAAUGAAAAGCAUCUUUUCUGCUUCUCCACUCACCAUUCCUCACUCUGGGGUACACAAAGGAUGGGUCAGAGAAUCAGACUUGAUCCUCCUUAUCUAUUGCUCCACCUCCUAACUCCGGAAUUAGCGAACGGCUGAAAGCUGGGAGGCACAGAGCACUGAGGGAGGGAAGUCUUGCAGAUGCGCCUGCAGAGCCUGAUGGUGGCAGCUGGAGCCAGGACCCACCCAUACAUGUUUCCCAAGCUCCUGCCACACUCAGGACCUCAACCCGGAGACAUGGCUCAUUUCUUAUUUUCAUGGUCAGUUUGUUGGCUCAUUCACAAGGCAGUCAAUCUACAGCUACUUCUCCCUCUCCUGAGUUGUGCCUCAGUCUCUCAGUUCUUUGAAGUUGGGGGAAUCCUAGUCCAGAAAGUAAAAACCCACAGACCAGCCCAGCCUCACUGUUACCAAGUGUCACCUUCCUCAUUCUCCUGAUCAGUCACCAAAAUCAUUGCUGUCCAUGUUGUACCAGUUAGAGUGUCGGAGACUGUUAUGGAUUGAAUCGUGUACCCCCAAAAUGUGUGUCAACGUUGCUAGGCCAUAAUUCCCAGUAUUGUGUGGCUGUCCAUCACUUUAUGAUCUGAUGUGAUAAUCUUACAUGUUAAAAAUCUUGACCUCCAUGAUGUCAGUGAGACAGGAUCAGAGGCAGUUAUGUUAAUGAGCAGGACUCAGUCUAUAGGAUUAGGUUGUAUCUUGAGUAUAUCUCUUAAGAUAUAAAAGAGAAUCGGCCAGAGAGGAAGGGGACCUCUACCACCAAGAAAGAAGAACCAGGAGCCGAGUGUAUCCUUUUGACCUGGGGUCCCUGCACUGAGAAUCUCCUAGACCCCAGAGAAGAUUGAUGCCAAGACACAUGGAGAUUUCCAAGAAAUGCUGGGCCCAUAGAUGUUGAAAGGGGACAAGAACCUUCCUCCAGAGCCGACAGAGAAAGCCUUCCCCUAGGUUGGGGCUGUGAAUUUGGAUUUCUAGCCUCCUAAACUGUGAGAGAAUAAAUUUGUUUGUUAAAGCCAUCUACUUGUAUUUCUGUUAUAGCAGCACUAGAUAACUAAGACAGUGAUACACAGUUUUUCAUUGGGUUUUUAAUUAUAAAAUGAAUUAUUUCUUCUGGAACCUGAAGCAAAUGUCAUAGAAUCACAGAUUCUUAGAAGGGGCAUUAAAGCUCAUCUGGACCCACCUUCAGCAGGAAAUCCCCAACAAGGGAUCCUUCAGCCUCUCUCCGACCCAUCCUAGUGACUUGUUUUAGCUUAGUCCCUCGUGGGCAAGUCCAUGUGAUUAGAAGGCUGUAUUUGUAGUUUUUUCUGAUACUGAGCUGAAAUUGGCCUCCUGGUAACCAUGCCCAUUGAUCAUGCUUCCAUCUGGAGCAAUCCAGACUGGGGUACUCUUGCCCUAACAGCAACCCUUCAGACAUUUUCAGAUCUCAUCACCUCUCUGAUAACACUCACCCCAUAGUCCUCUCCAGGCUAGAUGCCCCCAUGCCUUUAGGUAGUCCUCUUCCACCAUAAUGGUAUCUCAUCGGGCUGGACUUUUGAAAAAGUAUCUAACUUUGUGUUUUUCUAAAAGGGCUGUGUCUGGGAUUAGCAGGGCCAGGAGUAGGGUAAGGCAAGUGAGGCACCUAGGGUGUAAAAUUUCAGGAUGUGCUCACUGUAGGCAUUUCCUUGCAGGGCCCCAAAAGCAUGCCCCCUUCCAUGUUGUGCCCUAGAUGCCUGGCUUGCCUCACCGUAGUCCCUGUCCUGGGGAUUAGAGUUUCACUAGCUGUGGUCCAAGCAAUGUGGUUUGCUCCCCUGGACACUGAGGCAGCGUCAGCUUUUCAGUAGCUGUGCCAGAUGGUGGGCAGAUUCAGCUAGUGCCUAGUUCAAACUUCAGACCUUGGUUUAUAUAAGCUGCUGCUGAAGACUGGUCUUGUCCCAUGUUUUCAUGAUAGGUCUAACAAUCGAUAAGGCACUUUGUGCUUAUCCUUGAGAAUUGUCUGCUAUUGGUUUUGAGCCAACUUUCCAACUUCUGAAGCAGUAGCUGAUUAUUUUUCUGUUAAAUUUGUCCUGUUAAGCAAAAUGGAGAAUGUAAUGUUGGUAAAUAAGCAUAUUGCUUUAAAAAAUAUAUAUACUUUUCUGUGAUCUUCCAUUUGUGUCUGGGUUGUGCUGGGUAAAGUUCUUGGCUUACAGCCGGGCAGUGAUACCGACUUUGUUCUGGUCCAUGAUGAUAGAACAUGUCCUAGGCAUUUGCCUGAGCAUCGUCUGUCUUUAAGCACCUAUGUUUGAAGUUUUCUUCACUGUGGGUGGGUUACUGAUUUCUGAUGAUAAUAACUUGAAGGAAAAAAACCCACUAUUUUGGAAUAAAGAAGUUGCUAAGGGACAUUGUUGAUUACUAUAACUUUUUGAAUGUACAGAUGUAAUCUCUCUCAUUGAGCACUAAGAGAAUUUUUCUUCCAGUGGUUUAAAAUCACUUAUGAGGAGACAAAUAUUGAACUGCGUUUAACUCUUUUCCUUCGCAAAUGUAUAGCGUGAUCUUUAAAAUCAUGACUUUAUUUUGAUCAUUAACCUGUGCAAGAUUCACUUCUCGUUGUUCAGCAUUUUACAUGUCUAUACACUGGGGUUUUUAUAUCAUAGUGAGAAACAAGAAGAAAUGGGGAUUGGUUAAGUAAAAUUCUGCAAAUAAACCUGGUUCAGAUUUGAUUUA